CCAUCAUUUCUGCACAGUUCUCGUCUGAUAUAUACUGUCAGCAAAGGCGAAACAAACAGAAUGACAAGCAGGGAUAUAGUUUGCAACAAGAUCCACUUCAGACAUGACCCAAAGUGGAGUAGGCGCCUUGGGCCUGUGGAGGGAGGCGGGCUGCUGCUCUGUGUGGCCUGCCUCAUUGAAAUGAUUGACGAUGAAGACAUAGCAUCUGUGAGGAAGUCUUCUGCCUUGUCCAGUGUAAGUGGAGUGCUGAAGUAUUCUCCGGGGGCUUUGAGAGAGCUGCUCCAACAGGACCACAGAGUCUGUCUGCAUUUUACAGCCAAACUAUUGGGGAUGCUUCAAACUGCAGAGGACCCUGUAACUCUGGAGAAGGUUGACCAAGUGCUGGUUCAGCUACUCCUGGAGCUCCAGAGCGAGCUGUCAUUUCGCUUCGUUUUGGAUGAGAUACACAAACAGCUUACUGAGCAGCUCAGUGUGAAGCAUUUCCUGCCUACAUUCAGCUUCUUGGGUAACCUAAUAAAAGCUGCCCCUACUGUGUCCCAGAGCCUUGUGACUCAUUAUGUGCCCCUGUUAGACCGCCUGUGCUCAGCGCUGCUUUUCCCAGACGAAGCACUGAAGGGUGCAGUGGUGUAUGUGUGGCUCCAACUGCUUGGAGCUCCUGGGGGCUCAGCAGCCCAGUCCUUGCCUUCUGCUGUUAGGGACAGAGUGUGUAAUGUGUUGCUGAAAACAUUAGCCAAUGCCAGCUCCCCGCAGCUCCUCAGAUAUUGUGUCGGCCUGCUGUCACAGCUUGUGCAUCUGGCUGAUGCUGUGUCAGUUCUGAUGAACAGCCUGAGCUGUCAGGUCAUGUGCGAUGAGAACGAGGACAUCCUCGCCAACAACAGCCAGAGCCUCAGCCAAAACCAAGACCAACAGCCCCCUGACCACUGCCUUCUGCCUCUCAUACUGAAAAAGUUGCUUCUGAGUGGCGAUGAGAACUUGCAGGUGACCAGUGCAAAGUGUAUUGCAUCUGUUCUGGUUCAUUCCCCCAGUCAGUACAGUGCUCCCUUCAUCAACGCUGACGUACCUGAGUUUCUGUUUGACCGUCUGGCCUGUAGUAGCAACGAGGUGCUGCUGUGGUCUGCCUACAGCUGCUUGCUGCUACUAACUGAGGAGCCCCUCUUUUUCUCCCAGUGUCACUCUGUUUACGGUAUGGAGUCCUUGGUGCGCAGUCUGAAGGAGUCUUUGCAGCUGACCAACCUGGAAGUGCCAAAACAAGGGUUGCUGCUCCUUAGAGAAAUACUGGAGAGACAACCUGCAAGUGUGCGUCUGUUCCCCAGUGGCGCAGGGUUUGUGGCAGUUUCAGAGGUCCUGGUUGGUGGAGUCUCCUCUUCCUGCCUGCUGGUAGCCACACAGGCAGCCAGCGUUACUUCUGCUUUGUUCAGACUCGACCACCAGUCCAGACCAGUCCAGUACGAGGCAAUAAUCAAGUUGAUAGAGGCCAUCACCAACAGAUUUGUCAACCUAACGCUGCCCUCCCCCGCUCAUCUGCGAAGCUCUGGGAGAAUGAAGAGGUCAGAUCCCAGCAGCCAGGCUUUGAGGUCUGAAAGAUUUCUGCUCCAGGCCCUGGUCUGUUUUCAGUCUGCCUGCAGGCUGGCUGAGGAGUGUGCAUCAGACCCUGUUUUGAAGGAGAACACAUUUACAGCUCCAUACAAGCACAGCGGUGCUCAGGACUCUCUAGAGUCUCUGUGUCAAUGCCUGCUCCGCUGCUGUGACGCUGUCUGGAUACCCACUGUUAUAAGGAUGUGUGAGCGUGCACCCAGUGCCCCCAUACUGCAGAACUUCUACUCUAUCCUAUCUUCCCAGUUCACCCUGCUUCCAUCUCUCAUGCCUGCCUUUGCAAAUAAGCUCGCGUCCUCUGGUUUCUACAGACUGGCUGUGGAACACAAAGGCCUCCUCUGUGCAGGAAACAGGAACCCAAAUCUGAAUGCAUCUUGCUGUGGUUUUCUACAAAAACUCAGUAUGUGUCUUCUCUCCCAGUCAGACCUUCCUUCUGGCUCCCACCAGCACGAUCUGAAGGAGGUUGAAAAUCUACUGCUGCACAACCUUCCCUCUUUGUGUUAUCGCCUGUCAGAGUGGCCCUCUGUGCUGUGUGAAUAUCAAGGACCACAGGCUCCGAAAUACUGCCUGGUGAUAAUGCUGUACCUCGCCCUGCAGCAAGGAGACAGGCUCCUCCCUGACCAGAUAGUCUUCUCCAAUGUUGUGUGGCUGUUGCGCUCUGUGCAGGAGCAGGGCUGUGUCCCGUCUCACUCUGUGCUCCGCUCUGCCCUCUACCUGCUGGCACUCACACAGGACAAGAGCCCCUCACUCGAUGGGGCUUCUUUGAAUUGCAUCAGCAAGGCACUCUCCUCCUGCCAAAGCUUCUCUUCACUCUACUUUCACCAUCCUGCGCUGAUCCACUUCAUGUGUCGAUACCCAGAGCUGGCAGAGAAAUUUGCCGCCCUGGUCUUGGAGCUGUGGUUGACCAAGGAACAGGACACAAACACAGGGCCUACCCCGGCAGACACACAGGAGGAGAAAGAAAGCCGUGCUGAUGAGAGGUCGGAUCAGAAGACAGACACAGAAACCAUGGAGCUGCUGUCUGUGAUGGAGAAGUACCCAGCUGUCAUACUGACCCUCCUGGACAUGGUUUGCACCAGAGAGGCUCCUCUAGCUGAGCGAGUGUUGGGUGUACUAGAAGUUCUUCUGGGAGGUCAAAGAGGCUACAACAUAAACCUGUGUACAAAGCUAAGACCAGCCUUGCUCCAGGCCCUACAGCGGGUCAGUGUGGUGAACACAGACCAUGGGUUUGAACAGGAAUACGCUGCACAGGUGAACUCACUCCCUCUGGUGCUGAAGCUGCUUUGUGUGACGCAGGCCAAUGAUCCACCUUCAUCUCCCCAUUACAGUAAUAUGGAAGGAGUGCACUUCAAACUGCUAUACCAUGCUGUCUCCAUGCUGCUCUCUAACAGCGGGCUGAUGGACCAGCUGCAGACAGUCUUCUCCUCUUCCUCCUCCUCCUCUUCCUCUGCCACAUCCCUCUCUCCAUCAGCCUGUCCUCCUUUGGCCCUGCUGUGCUGCUGCCAUCUACUCCUGUCCUCCCUCAUUACCUUGCAGCGUGUUCACUCCACUCAGGUCCGUAAGAGCAUCACUUGGAGUCUGGACACAGCUGUGCAGCGACUCCUUACUCAGAAGAGAAACACAGACAGUCUCCUGCUGAUCAGCUACCUGAGGCUGCUGCAGGCUCUGCUUGAUACUGACCUGGCAUCGGAAGUUGUGUGUCUGACUUCUGGUCCUGGCUUGGUUGGGCUCAGACCUCUUGGGGUUGAAGAUGGUGCUUUGUACCCACUUGGCUCCAGAGGGGCGCAGUGCCUCUCAAUUGCUCUCAGUGGACUCCUUCUGCAGAAGCACGAGUUGCUGUUGCGAGCCUCAGUCAACUGUCUGAGCUCCCUGCUGGGCUUCCUUCAGAGAAAGAGUCCUGCUACAGCCAAGCAUGUGGUGUGUCAGCCAUGGAGUCGAUUCCUCCUCCACAGCCUGCUCAGCUCAGGACAGAGCUGCCUUCUGCACCCUGCCAUUCUCAGAUUCAUCAUACUUCUGCUGCAGGACAGCGGGACACCAGUGCUGCGGGAGCCUGACCUGCUCCAGGUGAUGGAGGGAGUGGAGAGGAGGGGGGUGAAGGAGCUCAGCAAGGAAGCAGAACAGGCCCUGAGGCUGCUGCUGACACAGAUCCAGAGCAGAGACCUUCUACCCAGAGAGGAACACAAGCAGAAAGUGAAGAACAUGAUAGAGGAACUCGGAGAGCCCGAUGAGAGCUGCAGACACAGUCAGUCCCACGAUGUCCUACAUGUUGGAGACGUGCCCCUCUGCCUGUCUGACUUUGUGCUUUAGACAGGACAUCGAUUUUGAAAGUUCUUCACCUUGCUCAUUUGUUGCAUCCGUUUGUUUGACUGUUUCUGUUGUGCUCCUAAAACAAUACAACCUGUAGUUUCACAGCGUUCUAGCAAUCUGACUGACUGCAUGCAUUUGUUCAUAGAAGCUAGUUCAUAUUUGCAGCAGUGUUAAAGAAAACAAACAUCUUGAAUUAUAAGUGCAUCAAUAAAUCACUUGUU